CCACAACGUUCAUGUCGCUAUUCCAAGACAUCAAAUAUUUUCUGCCUUCAUCGUUUCCAGAAGAUCGUGCAGCGGAACUACGACUUGGUCUUAAUCAGAAUGGUGCGGUCGCUGUCGAUUCUAUGAAGGAAGCCACCCACAUCAUUACCGACACCAAUCGCUUUGAGUGCUGGCAGGACGUUGACGACACUGUAGCUGUUGUAAAGGAUCUAUGGGUCGACCGCUCACUGACGAUGGGAAAGCUCCAACGAACGGCAUAUUACUCGCCAGAUCCCGCUUUUCUAUUCUCUGGUGUCGUUGCAUGCUCUGCCGAUCUGUCAGCAGCAGACGCAGAAACGUUGUCCGCCGGAAUCACAGCACUGGGUGGCCAAUGGCGACUAGGAUUGACACGAGACGUUACACAUAUGUUCGCUGUCUCGCGUUCGUCCGACAAGUACAAAACUGCGAUGCAGUAUCAAGAGGUCACUCGUAUCAACAUUAUUCUUCCUCAUUGGUUCGACGAUGUCAUUCGGCUUGGAAUGGGAAGUCUUGAUGUCGCGAUUUAUCAAUGGCCAGAUCCACCGUAUCUCAAGGACACGCAACAGAGCAAUUUGGAUGAUGCAAAGAAGCUGCGCAAGUUGGAUCCAGACAAGAAAGUGCUGUACAAGACAGCUCUUUUGAGACCAGACUCCGAUCUCUCUGGAAUUCCUGUUAAAAACGUGUGGGAAGGACGACGCGUCUUGCUAAGUACUUGUCUAGAAUUGAGCGAGGGUAGACGCGAGGCCGUUGAAAAAAGUAUACGUAUGGCUCAAGGGACUAUCCUGGAUUACCGAUAUAAGAAUGGCGAUGGGGAUGAAGAGGAAGAGCUGGACAAACCAUAUUUCAAGGCCGCGCGAACUGGCAAGACAAUUGGCACACUCGCUUGGCUUUUUAAUGUCCAAGCGACCGGUACCCUUUCCAGACCGGUGGAUCAACUACUCCAUUAUCCCAUUCCUAGAAAGCCUGUUGAAGGAUUUUCAUCCCAUAUCAUCACUAUUACCAACUAUACUGGCGAAACACGGGAUUAUCUCAAGAAGCUGAUAGAUGCCAUGGGUGCAUCCUUCACAGCCAACAUGUCGGGUGCUAACACUGUGGUCAUUGCAGCGUACCAAACGGGGGUUAAAGUCACGAAAGCUCAAGCCUGGUCUAUACCGGUUGUGAAUCACACUUGGCUGGAAGAUUGUUUUAUCAAAUGGAGAAAUUUAACUGUGGGAUUGGAAAAGUACAUCGGGUUUGCACCCAACAUGGACUUUUCCCAGCUCUUAGGUGGAAGAGGUGUGGGAAGGGCCGUUGAAGAUUUGGCGGAAUUGGAACGCGAGGAGAUGGAAGAUCGAGAAUAUCUCCAAGCGUUGCAGAGGUUACCCAUUGGGACGGAGAACGGCGCCAUGGAUGCAACAGAAGUUGCCGAAUUUGUCAACCUGCCUAUACCCGACGCGGACGGAGACGUCUCAAUGAACGACGCCCCUGCAAUUCUUCGGAAACCGAAUCGAGGAGACAGGCUGGAGCAUGAGUCAAAAUUACACCCAUCCCCGCGCAAAGCGGACAGCUCGUCUUUGACCAAGCCGGAUAUGAACAAUAAGCCAACUGCUGAUCACCGAGGAGUCGAAAACAACGCAGUACCAAUACCAAGUCACAGAAACGUCGGUAUUGUUGAUGAAGUUCUAGACAUCAGUGACAGUCCUGAACCUCAGAUGAAGAGGAUCAAGAAGCGGAAGCAAUCGCCUCUAGAAAUAACCGUUGACAAUGCAGAAGUGCAGAAGAGUGGUCCCUCUAAAUCGACUCCGCAGAAGGCUACUCGGGCACGCAGGAAAAACAAUUCAAUGGGUGUCUCGAAUCCAACAACCAUCGAAACCGGCGAUGAGCCAGAGGUUUCCAUGCAAACCGCUUCUAUCCACGACGGUCGUCGUAGAUCCACUCGGUCGGGACCUACCGCGUCAACGGUCGAGGCACGACCACGAACUAAAACAGCACCGACUUUAACUCCUCUGAAAAGAGUGGUGUCCGUUCUGAUGCCUCCAAUGACAAUCACGCCCAGGUCCGCUGUUAUCAAUACUGCGCCCAGCCAGAAUGCACGCACACCUUUGGGUCAUGACACAAGUCUUCACAUCACUGCGGAGGAGCGAAGAGGUACUCUGGCUUCGGGUUCAAAGCCGAAGCCAGCCGCCCCAUCUCCGAAGAAUAGUUCACCUCUUUCCGCUGUACCGGAGAUGUCGCCUAGAAUGAAAAGAAGCGCUGCUGCAAAAGCAUCUCAGCGACUGAAAGAUACCGUCAUGCCAGACGUUGUUAAUUUCCAGCAGGAGAUGCGACGCAGGCCAAGGAAAAGCAUCGGCAAUGACACGUCAAACAGGAGGAAACGAACAUCCGGCACACUCAGCGACAGUGACCACGAGAAUGAUUCUCGACCCAAAAAGAAAGGAAGACUAUCUACUGGUUCGGACAAGGGCAAGGCUAGGUCAGAUGAAUCAGGAAACGAGGAAGAUGACGCCACGCGCCCUGUACGACGCAUCAGACCACAAAAAACCAAACGUCCCGUCCCCAAUAACAACGAUAGCGACAAUGACAAUGACGAGACUUCAGGAGGUACACUUUACGCCAACAAGCUGGUUGAGGAGCUGGAUCAGAAGCCAGUCGCAAAUACGAAAGGAAAGAAAAAGGCAUCUCAAAGCGCACAUAACGCCAAUUCCUCGCAGAAAGCAUCCAAAGUUGUGAAGCUCAUGACAACUCAGGUACCUUUGUCUGACGACCAUCUAAUAAAGCUUGGAGUCAAGUUAACGACUCGACCAUCCGAAUGCACUCAUCUCCUUGCACCACACGUCGUGCGAACGGAAAAAUUCCUUUGCGCUCUGGCAGUUUCACCUUGGAUUCUGUCCCCUGAGUGGGCAACAGAAUCUGUAGCUUCCAACAGACUACUUCCCGAGAAUGAUUUUCUACUACAAGACCAGACCAAUGAGCGCAAGUACGAUUUCCAACUUUCGCAUGCUGUAGCGAAAGCGAAGACACUGAAGGGCCAGUUGUUCGAAAAAAUGGUCUUCUAUGUAACCGCAAAGGUAUCCGUGGAUCAUAAACUGUUGAAGAAUGUUAUUACUGCUUUUGGUGGCCAGGUAUCGACCCAAACGCCGACAAUCAGAGUCCUAAAAAGUAGUUCGAAUCGUCAUAUAAUCUCUUGCGCUGAAGAUAUAUCUAUCUGGAGACCUAUCGCUCAGCAGUUCCCUAUCUACACCCAAGAGCUCGUGCUCACCGGCGCGCUGAAGCAAGAGGUUGAAUGGGACAACAAAGCUUUCCAGCUUUCAGAACCAUGAUACAUGCGCAGACA